AUGAACGACGCACCAAUAAAGAGACCACUUCCCUUCAAGUUCUUCUCCCGAGCCCACGUUCGAUUUCGAGCUCCUACUCUCCACCGAUCGAAAGAAUUUUGCGUGCCAAUUAGUAACCAAAGCCCAUUUUCUAAUUUCCUAUCCUUCAGAUCUUGUUCGAUGUUUAAUAUCAUUCAAUACUGAACUACACCAUUAGUCUGGAGCAAGACCAGCUUAUUGUUUUGCGGUUUUUAUUUUAUUUUAUUUUAUUUUUAAAAAGCUUAACUUGUUCUCGAAGAGACCCACUUGAGAUUUUGAGCCUAAGCUUCUUUCCAAAGAGACCUACUUCAAGAUUUCUUGCCAGAUCUGUUGGUGAGGCUGGGUUUUUUUGGGUGUUGAGCAUAGUGAACAAUUUUAUUGGUCCUUAUAGAAGUUGAUUUGUUUCAGCUUGGAUCUUGGCCAAAUUUUCAUUUAAUAUGGAUUUGAGAUUGAAAUCUGGAGUACCCAUUUUGAGAACUGUUGCUUUUCAUGGAGGUUGAGUUUUUUUUCAUGUGACGUAGAUUGGUGAAUGUGUGAGGAAGUGAAUUGGUGGGUCUUUGUUUCUGGCUUUGUUUGGAGGUGAUUUUGGUUAAAGGUUUGGAGAAAAACAUGUUUUGGAGGGACCGUGAGAGGGAGAGCAAAGAGCAAAAUGGUGGACCGCCUUGUGGGCAGGUUCGAGUACUCGUUGUUGGUGACUCAGGUGUUGGGAAAACUUCUCUUGUUCAUCUGAUAGUCAAAGGUUCUUCCAUCACUCGCCCUCCUCAAACAAUUGGAUGUACAGUUGGUGUGAAGCACACCACUUUUGGAAAUUCUGGUAGCUCUUCAAGUAGUAUAAAAGGUGAUGCUGAGAGGGACUUCUUUGUGGAACUUUGGGAUGUUUCAGGACAUGACCGUUACAAAGACUGCCGGUCUCUUUUCUAUUCCCAAAUUAAUGGUGUUAUUUUUGUUCACGAUCUCUCCCAGAGAAGGACAAAAACAAGCUUGCAGAAAUGGGCAGCUGAGAUUGCUGCAAAUGGGGCAUUUUCAGCUCCCCUAGGAUCUGAAGGUCCCUUUGGCCUUCCUGUCCCAUAUAUUGUUAUUGGUAACAAAGCUGAUAUUGCUGCAAAAGAGGGUACAAGAGGAAGCAAUGGCAAUCUUGUUGACGCAGCUCGUCAGUGGGUUGAGAAGCAGGGUUUGCUUCCUUCCAGUGAGGAACUUCCGCUGACUGACAGUUUUCCUGGUGGUGGAGGCCUUCUUGCGGCCGCUAAAGAAGCUAGAUAUGACAAGGAGGCUGUGAUGAAAUUUUUUCGUAUGCUAAUCAGAAGAAGAUACUUUUCAGACGACUUACCUGCACCAAGUCCUUGGUCUGUAUCAACAGUUCAGAGAGCGUCACAUCGUUUGGAUGAAAAUUUAAGCGAUGAUGAUAUCUCUUAUAAGAAGCCGAGUUUAAGCAGCGAUCCUUACAAAUAUAAUGUGCUCCCUCCCCUUCCAGCACAACGCAAUCUCACUCCGCCUCCCACGCUUUACCCUCAGCAGCCAGUUUCGGUUUCCGAAACUUACAGCCUUCCAAGAUUUUCCCGGACUGGCUCUCAAGAGAUCAGCAGUAAUGCCAGAUCAAAGCGCUCGGAUAUCAACGUAUGAUUAUCACUGCUUCACAUUUGAUCUUUAGCCAAAAAUCCGAGGGAAAGCUAUAUAUGAUAAUCACUGCCUCUGAUUACUGAGCUACAAAGAUUUGCAUUCUUGCUUGAAUGGGAAUCACAUAAAGCUGUUAGUUCUUCUCUUUGCUAUGCUUAUUAAACACAUUGUAUUGAAUCUUUUAUAUCAUCAGGCUCUCCCACAGUAACUGGUUUUUGUCAUACCAUUGGUUAAAAAUGUACAAACAAUGAUUAAUUGUUGAACCUGAAACUGCAGGUGAUUCUUUGUAAUCAAACUCUCUUUAUUAUUUUCCUCAUAAA